GAGGAGGCGUAGCGUCAACACAACCACCACCGAACCAUAGGCGUCUUCGCGUGCUGCCUGGAUACAGUUCUGGGUUAGAAGAUGCCGAGCGGCAUGAUGCGCCUGAUUUGACAAAUUGUAUAUUUUCUGAUGAUAUCAUUGACCAUCGGUGACGCACUUUUGUGGUCCUAUACUCCUAGCUUUAGCUGUCAAUGUCCACCAUUCGUUUGGUCGUUUUUUAUUUUUACAUUUCAUACCAGUAUGUUCCCUUCGUGCUAUUCAAAGCCGACGAGUUCAAAGGACCUGUUCAAAAGGACUAAUCUGACAAAGAUAUUACUAGGAGUGUUCGUCGUGUAUAUAUCACACACCUGCUGGGUGAUUUAUGGCUUUGUAUACACCAAGCCUUGUGAGAGAGGUAAAGGAGACUGCAUUUCUUCCUACCUUGCAGAAAGACCCCGUCUCCAGCUCAGCAUUUUCUCCAGUUUGAGGCCUGACCACAGUGAACUCAACCUCAUCAUCGAGAUAGAUGACUUUGACAUACAUUCUAAAUUUGAAAGGGUGGUGAAUGUAUCCCUGCCAUUGGCAACACGUAACAACGGGACUCUGCACACAUUGGUUUAUGUACACAAGUUUGGAGUGUCUCCCUUGCAGGAUAACCGGCAGGUCCAUCAUGUUGCCCAGCUCAGCACCUACAUGAUGUCCCGAGAAAAUCUCAGCUCUGCUAAAGAGGUCCUCAAAAAACAUGCUACCACUGCUCCUCGAGUAGUAGACAGACCCAUCUCUCACUGGAGGUCCCGUCUAACCCUAAACAUGAUGUCAGAGGACUUCACCUUCAACAGAGGGACCUUGCCAAGUGAUGUCCGGCGCUACAUGAGAGUAUAUUCUGUCUCGUGUUUUAGAUUUCAGGAUGAGAACAGGAUGGUAUAUCUCCCACUUUUACAUAUUGAUGAACUCAGCGUCAGGGUAAAGGACAUGAUGGAGAUUAACAGCUCCACAACCAAACUACCUCUUACAAUAUCCUACGAAGGCCUAUCGCUGAGGCAAUUCCGUCUCUGGAUCCACAUGCAGGAUGUAAUGUUUUCACUGAAACGCUUUGGAUUCACUGAGGUGAAUAUAGAUGAAAUCAAAGGUAUUCUUGUGGACCACAACUUGUACCUGUUAGCAUUGACUACCCUGGUGACUGCAUUCCAUUUCAUAUUUGAAUUCCUGGCCUUUAAAAAUGACAUAAGCUUUUGGAGGAAGAAGAAAAACAUGGUGGGCAUGUCUCGCAAAACAGUGCUGUGGAGAUGCUUCAGCACCAUAGUGAUUCUCCUGAAAAUGCUGGAGGAACGAAGCAGCUUGCUAGGUCUCAUUCCUGUUGGAAUAGGAAGCACAAUUGAGGUAUGGAAGGUCAAAAAGGUUUCCAAAAUACAGCUACAGUGGAGAACCUCUAGGUCUAUAGUUCAUGUUGGUAAAUUUGAUGAAUCAGAGAGAAAGACUAUACAACAUGACACACAGGCAAUGAAAUGCCUGUCUUAUUUAGUGUACCCUUUGUCUAUUAGUGGAGCCAUCUUCUCUCUGGUAUACCUGAGGUAUAAAAACUACUAUUCAUGGUUAAUCAACAGCCUUGUCAGUGGGAUUUAUGCUUUUGGAUUCCUCUCUAUGGCUCCUCAGCUGUUCAUUAACUUCAAGUUGAAGUCCGUGGGCCAUUUGCAAUGGAACGUAUUGAUGUAUAAAGCAGUCAAUACAUUUGUCAACGAUGUCUUCGCCUGUGUCUUCAGCACACACCCAUCCCACCAGCUGGGCUGCUUCAGGGAUGACAUUCUGCUUCUCCUCUACCUUUACCAGAAGAGGCUUUACUCUACAAACAAGACCAGAUGUCGUGAGUAUGGAUCAUGCCACCACAACCACAGGAAACUCAAAGCCCAAUGAUGACUGAGGUCAUCACCAGAAAACAGAGUUGAAUGAGGAAACAUACCUGCACAUGGUGGGGUUGUAAACAGCACGGGAGGCUCUCUGAGGGUGCAUCAGGGUUUAUUAGAAGCCUUUAGUAAAGUUCAGAAUUCGUUUUGUAAGUAGAGAAUACAGAUUAUUUUCAGUCAACCCUGUGUUGUUCAUCAUUAACCACUGAUAUUUCCAUGUAUUAGAAGUUUGACCGACCCAUAUGUAGCCUACAGGAGCAUGAACCUUUUUUUAGUGAUACAUAUUGAUUGCUGCAUUGUUAGGUUUGAGGCUUGCAAGAAAGGCAUUUCACUGUACUUGUGGACAUGACAUUAACACUUGAAAAAGGAGGCUGCCCCUCGCCCUGCCUGCACUGCUCCAUGUUACCAGAUAUAACCAGUAUGUAGCCUACUGAAGCAUAAAGCUGCCCCUUGCCCUGCCUGCACCUCUCCAUAUAGUCCACAAGGAGGCAGUGUUGUCAGCUCCUUGCUGUACUGUUUUCUGCUUGUUCUUUCAGUCCUCUACUUCCUGUUUGAGAAUAGUACAUUUAUAGAUGGAUGCUAAAGGGGGGGAAUGAGAAACAUGUACAAAAGAUGGAGUAACGUGAAGUACAGUGAACUCCUGAUAAAUCCAAUGGCUUUGGACAGUCAUAUGUGAGAGCUAACCGGAACAUGCACAUAACCUGUAUCUAUCCAGGCUGUAUUUGAAAUGGGACGAUUGAGCUACAAUGCACUAAUUAAGUUUUUUGCACUUAUACAAUGCGCACUUAUCAGGAAUCAACUGUACUUUUAAAUAAUGAAGAUACUGUAAGGUCUUUAAAAAUGAAGUAGGAAGCGUAGCCGGAUGUUUUUGAAUCACAUCUUUCUACCAGGAUUUAUGGAAUGCCUUUCCUCUUUGAAUAAAUUAUUACAAUGAAAUGA